GGCUGCGAUAGGUUGUCACUUUCCCAUUUCCCCUUUUUUGGCAUACACUUCCCAAUUCGAGCUCGCACACACGGAGAGAGAGAGAGAUGUGUCACUCGCCGUCGGGAUCACGCGCGACGGCGCGGUCGGGCAGGGUGGAGGAAUUCGCCGACGCGGCAACGGAGGAAGGCGGCGAGUCCAAACUCUCCGCGCUCCUCUACGACUUGUCGCAGCAGGUCCAGGACAGCCUCCAGAGCAUGCUGAAGAUGACGGGCGAGAUCGAGCAGUGCAGUGACGAGAUCGAGGUGGAGAUCGAGCAGGCCAAGGAGGGCGUGGCUGACAAGUACAGGGUGCUCGAGGAGGAGAAGGAAAGGUUCCAGAAGGUGGCCCUCGCGGCGCUCAACAUCCUGAGCGGUGGCAUCUGAAGCCUGCACCACCUGCUGGC